GCCGCCACGUUCCCAUCUCCCGCCACCCACCGACUGAGCCUCGCCCGCGCAUGCGCAUUCUCUACCACUCCUUCAAAACUCUUCUAAACCCUCUUUUUCUGCCAUUCUCUCUCUAAUUCAAUAACCACAGUCCACUUUUAAGGCCCAUCGCGGACUUCUGUUCUUUAUUUCGCGGCUGUUUGAAUAAUUCUGAAAGGAAAAAUGAGGUUUGAGAAGAAUGAGAAUAUAUACAGAGAAUUGCUGGAACGGAGUGGGCUGCCGAUCAGGCAGUCUGACAAAAUGGCUUCGAGGGAUAGUACGACAUCGUUCACCGACGACCAACUAGAGGAAUUGUGCGAAACAUUCAAUACGAUUGAUCGAGAUGGCAACGGAUUCAUUGAUAUGUCAGAGCUCAAAUCUGCUCUCGAGAUUGUGGGCUUCAAGCUUCCUCAGUGGCAAGUACGUAAGAUGAUUGAGGACUGGGACAAGAGCACCAACGGACCCGGCAAAGGAAAACUCAGCUUCGACGAGUUCCAGAAUAUGUGUGCUGGCUUGAAGGCUCAAGACAUUGCCAGCUCAUUUAAAAAAAUGGUGAACAAACGUGAAAACCUCGAAACGCUGGGAGGCAUGUCAACGGCAUCCUCAGAAGGCACUACCCACUCUGUUCGUCUUGAGGAACAGUUGGCAUUCUCUGACUGGAUAAACUCCAACCUUGGGCAUGAUCCUCAUCUGAAACAUCUUCUACCCAUUGAUGGGGAGGGCCGCUACCUGUAUGAUAAGGUCAAGGAUGGCAUUCUUCUCUGCAAAGUGAUCAAUCAUUCAUGCCCAGACACCAUCGACGAGAGAGCAAUAAACACGAGGAACCUGACACUGUACACUAAGCACGAGAACCUUACCCUGGCACUAAGCUCUGCUCAGGCCAUUGGCUGCAAUGUUGUCAAUAUUGAUGCUCAUGACUUGGCCAAAGGCAAACCUCACUUGGUGUUGGGGCUGUUGUGGCAGAUUAUCCGCAUUGGGUUGUUCAACCAGAUUACCCUGGAACAUUGCCCAGGUCUUGCAAACCUGCUGGAAGAUGGAGAGAAGAUUGAGGAGCUGAUGAAACUCUCUCCAGAAGCUAUACUUCUACGAUGGGUUAACCACCACCUGGAGCGUGCAGGUGUUAACAGACGAUGCACGAACUUCAUGAGUGACAUCAAGGAUUCCGAGAUCUAUUCUCACUUGCUGAAGCAGAUUGGACCUAAUGAUGCUGGUGUUACCAUGGAGGCACUCUCUGAACAAGAUUUAAUAGCAAGAGCAGAGAUCAUGUUGCAACAGGCAGAGAAACUGGGCUGCCGCAGCUUCCUCACUCCACACGAUGUAGUGGAGGGAGUCUAUAAGCUGAACGUGGCGUUUGUCGCAAACCUCUUCAACAACCACCCUGGGUUGGAUAAACCUGAAAAUAUUGACUUUGAAGGUCUUGACCACAUUGAAGAGACAAGAGAAGAGAAGACUUACCGCAACUGGAUGAACAGUAUGGGUGUCAACCCUCAUGUUAACUGGUUGUACUCCGACCUCGCUGACGGCAUCAUCAUUUUCCAGCUGUAUGACAUCAUUAGACCUGGUGUUGUUGACUGGAAGCGCGUCCACAGUAAGUUCAGCAAGCUCAAGAAGUUUAUGGAGAAGCUUGAAAACUGCAAUUAUGCAGUUGAGCUUGGCAAACAGCUGAAAUUCAGUCUGGUGGGUAUUGCCGGACAAGAUUUGGCUGAUGGAAAUCCAACACUGACUUUAGCAUUGAUCUGGCAGUUGAUGAGGGCGUACACUUUGUCCAUCCUGACGCAGUUAGCAGACUCCGGCAGUCCUAUUGUGGAAGCCGAGAUAAUCACGUGGGUCAACACCAAGCUAAAAGAGGCUGGCAAGUCUUCAGGCAUCAGAAGUUUCCAGGACUCUAGUCUCCAGAAUGCCCUAGCCAUUAUCGACCUUGUUGAUGCCAUCAAGCCCGGCACCAUCAAUUAUGAUGUUAUAAAGAUGACAGGCGAAGCAGAGGAUAAUGUUGCCAAUGCUAAAUAUGCCAUUUCAAUGGCACGAAAGAUUGGUGCUCGCAUCUACGCUUUGCCUGAAGACAUCACAGAAGUCAAACCCAAGAUGAUUAUGACCGUGUUUGCAUGUCUUAUGGCACGAGACUACAUACCCAAUAUGGAUACCAAAACUAACUAAAAUAAGUGAAGAAGCAAUAGCGCGUUUGGCAGAUGUGUGUUGUGUGAAUGAUAUGUAAUGUUUCUUGAUACUGUAAUGUAUAGACUUUUUAUAUAACAAAAAAAUUCAUUAAGCUUUGCUAUUGCAACAUUUCUUGGCUUUUAAUGUGGAGAAUUAGCAUAGGGGCCCAUAUUCAGGACACAUGCCUAAAUGAAGCUAUGUACUCGCGUGUUCCGCUGUGCCAACAUAUUUACUGUAAUCCGUAUCACCUGUGCUUUUGCGUCCACUUGGUGAAUUUAUACUAAUGGGACUAAUAAGGUGAAUAUUAAUUUGAUUUAUAUAAACACUUAAGAAUGAAGACAAUGCAGAAAAUGCUUCACUUGGCUUGGAAAGCAUUGUAUUUUGAGUAUUGCUUGAUAUAAGCAUGCUGAAUAUGGGGAUUAUUUCCACUGUUCAGCAUUUUCUAGACAUGAAGCUGACAUUAUUUUCUACAUUGCUAGAAUAAUAUGCCAUUACACAGUGACUUAGUACUGUAGUAAUAGCAAAGAUAAUAGCUUCAUUAUACAGAUAUUGACAAGGCUUUAUCCUUGGGUAGUUUUUUUAACAUGACUUGUACAUCAGUAUUGUAAACACAUUUUGAAAGUAUUAAUGUAUUCAAAUGAUAAAUGUUUUUUACAUUAAAAGUUUUCAAAAGAUUUGUUUAAAUAAAUUGAAACAUAACAGGAGUUUUGGAUUAUAAAGCAAAUGCUUUUUUGUUUUUUUUUGCUUUGCCUUUGCCAAAUUCAUUAAAAUCUGCCUGUGUUGAAUUUUGUAUGUAAGACCGACACUGCCAGACUGCCUGCAUUACUCUCUCCCAGACCAGUUUGCUUCGUAUUACUUUGAUCAACAAAUAGUGGCAUGUGCAAGCUGUGCGUCACUCGUACUCUCGUAAGAAAAGAGACUAAAAUAAGUCGAUAUUCUAUCAUCUUGAGCUUUUCUUUCUUUUGACUGUGAGUUAUGGUGGUUGUAAGCUGACAAAGUUUCAUUUUACAAUACUGUAUAACACUGUGCUGUAUUUUUUCUGUAUUUUGUAAAUCUUUUUGUUUUUAUAGCUAAAUCAAAGCCCCAACCUCAGAGUAACAAUAGGACCUUUUACAUGAUUCAUGUAGCAACACAAGGUUAUAUAUAAUUUUUAUUAUAUAUUUGUAUGUAUAAAUAUAUAUUUCAGGACACACAUUCUGAAAUGUUCUUUGUAAAUAACCCGUUCAUUGCUAGUUAACAGACCUUUUGAAUAUUAGGGCUGAACAUUGAACUUCUUUUUAGAGUAGUUUUUCACCACCUGUAGGUACCUUUUUUUUGAACGAGGGCACCCGUAGUCAAACCAAGUUUGCUUUGUAAUUUUAAUGUGUUAUGUAGUUAAAGUAUAUCAUUUGUUUUAUGUCAUCAAAUUGACUAGUUGUGCAUUACUCUACUGGCAUCGUGCAGGAAUAUUUUAGUUUAUAAAUAAGAAGGGAAUUUUUUUUUUUCGAAUCAUUUGGGCCUUAGAAUAUAAUAGAAAUAUAUUUUUUCAAAUGAAUCUUUUAUUUUAUUGCCAGCUUAGUGAGGUACAAUAUUCAGGUAUUAAUGCUGUGGAUAUUAGAGAGAGAAAUUUAUAAUUAGCAAUAUCCAUGCAAUUAUUUAUUUUUUUUUUUUUAUAUAAUUAAUAUUGUCUUGUCAUAAUAUGAUUGUGUUUGCUUGUGGUGGUAUCAUGUGAGGGUGUAACUAGUUUGCUUCUCCAUUUGAGCAUGAUUUGUUUGUUGUGUGGUGAAGAUAAUUACUGUUGUCAGUCUGUGUCGUGUUCAUGGUAUUCUUAUUUUUAUUGACAGUAUAUUUAUGGGUCAGUAUCAUUGCAGAUAAGAGUAGCCUUAUUUUUGCUGGUGGUAAAACAUAAAUAUUGUAUUCUCAAACAGUGUACAGUAUUGGUAAACAGUAGUGCAGUGAAAAAUAUUUGGUGUUUUAGUUCAUUGGUAAUUCUAAUUUUGAUUUCAUUAAAAUUUGGACACUUUUAAUAACGUAUAUUAGCAGUCUUUACGAUGAACAAAUUUAAAUUUGUGAUCUAACUCGCAGUCACAAUUUACUGAACAGGGAUGAGAUCUAGUGCGAGUUUUGCAAUGGCUCAAAUGUUUUAAAUUAGAAUUUAGGAGAAAAUAAGAUUUAUGUGGAAUCGGUGUUCAUUGCACAUUUUUUUGUUAUUUAUCGUGUUUAUGGUGUUUGAUGUUGUCUCUGGCAUCAGUAUUGGCCAGACGUCAACCUGUACUGCACCCACCUUAAUGAUUCUUGAUGCAUUUCUAGGGACCAUUGUAUGAGAAAUGUUUUGUGUUUUCUUGAUGCAUUUCAAAAUAUUCAUUCACAUUUUUAUGUGUGGUACUUAUACAUUAGACACUUAUAUUAUGGGAUAGACAUUGGUAUGCUAAAAAUGUAACUUAUUAAUGCUAAACGUUCAUAUGCUAACUCAGAAAACAAGAAAUUAAUGAUUUUGCUUCUGGACUUGAGUAAUAUUUUAACUUUUCAUAUAAUUUUUUGCAUAUGUACAUGUAUGUUUGUGUCUAUAUUUAUAUUAGUUUCAGUGGAUGUGUUCUAGAAACGUGCAUAAUUUGUCUUCCACAAAGAGUCGUGAUUUAAGUGUUGGAGUAACUUCCAGUCUUGUGUGAAUAUCCACCAUACAUACAAAUAAUGCCAUGUGCCAGUCUUUAUAUUCUUCUGAAGCAUUACAGAUCAUUUUUUGCAUUUACUUUGCCUGCCCCCCACACAUUACGAGGGCAGUUAUUUAUAUUGGGGUAUAUGCCAGGCUUUUUGAAGACUACAGGCAAAAUGUGCCAUUUCAUAGCAGGAUUGAAUUCUGUGAUGUUUUGUCAAGUAGGCAACACGUAUUUUGACUUGUCUUCUGCCCUCCUGGAUUUGCUCUAUUGGGUCCAAAUGGAUAAAGGUUACAUUCCAAAGACUUAAGCCAACCUGCUGGUCCUUAAGGCAUUACAUUUAACCAGCUUUUGUGAAUGUCAUUAUUUAUGCACCUAUAUUUGCUAAGUCACCAACUGGCCUUUUUUAAGUGCAUUUACAUUUACAUUUUAUCAAGCUAUUACUGAUAUCUUGAUAAAAUCAAUGAAAGUAUCAAGAUAUCAUUUUAUCAAGAUAAUAUCACAUAAGAUAUCAGUCUUAUUAAAUGACUUGAUUAGUCUUGUAUGACUUCUUAAUAAACCAUGAUGUUAAAUGUCAGGAAAUGUAAAUUAAAUAUAAUUAUACAAAAACAGUUAAGAUUUUACUAAUAUAGUGUUUUUUUUAUACAUAAAAUCUUAAAAACUGACAUUCCUAAUGAUUGCUAGAACUUUUAAUAUUCUGGAUAAUUAAAUGGAGAUUAAUUGGGUCAAAUCUGAUCAAAUCGACGGCACUUUAUACUGUCUUCUUGUUAUUGAAGGUGCUUUACGUUUAAUAUUUUAGACCUUAAGUAUUGUUUAAUAUUUUUUCUCGUAAGUAGACAGAAGCAAAGUUCCCAAUCAUUUGAACUCAAAUAAAUUUAUAUGCGUUGUCAAUUUUUGUCAAUUUAUAGUUUUUCUUGAUUUUCACACGUGUUGUGAACUCUGGUGGUGAAGGAUACCCGAAGGAUGACCGAGGCUGGUUCCGUACGCGUCCCGGCGUGCCCCUGUAUUAUCCAUUGUCUCGAGCACAACUGUAUGCUAAAUAGCAGUAAGGACUCUUCCACAUUUGAUAAAACAAAAAAAAAAUAAACAAAAUCAGUAUUUAUGAUGCAACAUUGCCAGUGGAGGAUUUGAUUUUGUAUUAUGAAUCCAAUUUAUUCAAGCGAAAAAGAAAUCACGUCAUUGUAGUUGUGUAGCCAACAAUUGGUUUUGCCAAAGAUUAUUUAUUCAGUUUUAUAUAAUGUUUUGCUUGUCUGAAUAUUUUUUUAAUAACACCAUUAAAGACGUACCAUAAUUUAUUGUUUUGAAAAAAAAAAAUAUGGCAUUUUACAAGCAUAAAUAAUUUGUGACUUGGUGUAUGAGACAUUUGUUGGACUGACUUGAAAGUUAUUGGUUAAAGAGUUUAUUAUUAUUAUUAUUAUUAUUAUUAUUAUUAUUCCUUUAAAUAUUUGUGUAGCAGUAAUCUGGCCGAUUCAUUAGUAUGGCGAUGAUUCAAUAAUUUAAUAACUGAUUUAUAUAAACCAAUUAUUUUACACGAUUUACAUAAAUUUAAAUUGUAAUUUUGUGUAAAAUAUUGAGUUAGCUUUAUUAGGGUUGUCACUUGCCACACAUUUCUAACACAUGCUUUCUGUAUUAUGAUUGCUAUCCUUGCUGUACUGUACAAAGAUUUUAUUUUAAUUUGAACCAAAUAAUUUCAUAAAUGAUAAGAUUAUUAGUAAAA